CAUUUUGCUAAUAAUAGAAAGUUUGUAUGUAAAGAGAAAAAAUAAGAAUGCCAGUUGAAACAAUCGAAGACCCAUCUAUUAGAAUAACAUCAAGUAAAACAUUAACAGAAUUUGUUAUAAAAAAUGUUAAAAAAGCAAAUGACACUCCAGCAAAUAUUAUUGCAAUAAAAAAGUCAAGCAAGGACAAAGAAAACCAGGUUUCUUUGAAUCUGGAUGAUAUAAGGUGGUUAAAUAAAUAUUUAGAAGAUCAUAGAAGAACGAAAAAAGAAAACGUUUAUUUGCAUGAACUCUUAGAAGAAACAGAUAUAAAAUUACCUAUACCAAAGGUUACACCAAGAAAUCCUGAAUUGGAGGCUAGAAUAAAGAAAUUAAAAGCACAACAAGAUGCUAGAGAAUAUCAAGCUAUGACUAAAAACGUUGACUCUAUUAGAAAAAAUUAUCCAGAAGACACUAUUUCUUAUCAAAUGAAGCAAAUAAAUAAGCAACUCAUAGCUGUUGCACAGUUUAUAUUUUCUGUAUUAGCAGGCUUUGCUUUCGGAUUUAUAGGUGUAGAAUUAAUAGUUGGGAAUUUAGAUUUUGGGUUUAGGUUAUUAUUGGGCAUAAUUUGUGCAUCGAUUAUAGCUCUGGCUGAAAUUUACUUCUUAGCUAUUAAACUGAAUGAGGACGGAUACGAGUCAGUAUCAUCAACAUCUAAAAAAUUACAUCAAGAAUAAAAUUUACAAAUUUUUGCCGUAGAAGUGUAUUCUUCGAAAACUUUUGCAAUUUCUAUAAAUAAUAUUAAAAUGAAGCAAACUAAUUUGUAAUAUGCUAAUAUUUAUAUUAGCAAAAAUAAGUAGUGAUAGAGCUAAGAAGAAACAAGUAUUACAAAAAUUAAUGCAUUUAUUUUGUUUUAAUAUUUGAUCGAAGUAGCAAAAAGCUUCUUAGGUUGCUACAAUGUGAAAAUAAAUAAGGCCUUUUUAUGUAUAAAAUGUAAAAAUGUACUUGCAAUAUAUCUAUAGAAUAUGCAAUUCUAUGACCAAGAAGUUCCAACAAGAAUGAAGAAUGUUUCAUUCAACAUAUAAAUAAAUUCAAACAAAUCCAUAAAAAAAUACCAAACUUCUAAUACUAUUAUUUUGAAGUACCAAGUAAUUAUGAAGUUUAAUUAAUUUCUUAUUAAGUUUGGAUUACUUUGUAAUGAUUUGGUAAGUCUACCUUACAAAAAAGUUUAUCAAAAUAAAUGUCUAUAGUCACA